AUGGCAGCAAGCUUUGUCUCCUCGACCGGAACCGGCGCCGCGGUGCCGGCGGUCGCGUCGCAGCUCUUCACGCCGAUUCGCAUUGGCCGGCACAUUGAGUUGCCGAACCGCUUCUACAUGCAGCCCAUCUACCUCAACAUGGAGAGUGAGCUCACGUGCUACAGCGACGAGCACAUGGGCGCGAUGGCCGCCUUCUUUGCCGAGCGGGCGCACUACGGCGCGAAGCUGAUGGUGGUCGGCGGCCUUGGCACGUCGAGGCUCGGCCGAUGGAAGAAGGAUGCGCUGAUGCUCAGCACCUUCGACGCCGCCAAGGCGCUCUCGCGCGUCACACAGGCGGUGCACAGCGAGGGCGGUUACGUACUCGCACAAGCCUUCCACGCGGGCCGAGCCGCCCGCAAGCGUUAUUUAGUGUCCGCCACGUCGACGCCGUCGACAGUGCAGCCGUUCCGCAACACGCACCCGUACAGGAUACCUGGCUGUAUGGUGGACUACGUGGUGUCCGAGUACGAGCGGUUUGCACGGCUAGCCGAGGAGGCCGGGUUCGACGGGGUCGAGGUCCCCGUCAGCGAGGGCAGCCUCCUGCACAACUUCCUGUCCUCCGCCGUGAACACGCGGCAGGACGCCUUUGGCGGCUCGCUGGAGCGCCGGCUCGAGAUCACAGUGCGCGUGCUCGAAACCAUCAAGAACUCCCUAGCGAACCCCGACCGCUUUAUCGUGGCGCUGCGGUUAUGUCUGCACGACCUGAAGGUCGGCGGCACGCCGAUGGCCGAGACGCUACGGGUAGCCGAAGUGCUGGCAAAGAGCGGCCGCAUCGAUAUCUUGAACACGAGCGUCGGCAUGCACGACUCGCCAGUGCAGACGCUCUCGGCCUACGUGCCACACGGCACGUUCGCCCGGUCCUGCCAGCUGCUGAAGGAGCGGCUGACGGAGGUCGGCGCGACGGAUGUGCCGGUCGUUGCGUCGCACCGGCUGCACACCAUCGAGCUCUCCGAGAAGCUGCUCGAGAAGGGUGUGUGCGACAUGGUCGGCGUCGCGCGGCCGCUGCUCGCGGACCCGCGGUACAUCACCAACGCAGCGGCGGGCCGCAGCGAGGAUAGCAUCCCCUGCAUCGGCUGCAAUCAUUGCGUCAACCGACUGUACAAGCACCAGCGCAUCACGUGUGCGUUGAACCCCAUCUCGGGCUACGAGCUCCAGCGCGGAUGGGGGCCGGCCAAGUACCGCAAGUCUGUCGCCGUUGUCGGGGCAGGUGCGGCGGGCGUGACGUGCGCGCUGACGCUGUGGCGCCGUGGCCACGACGUCACGCUCUUCGAGAAGGAGAGCGUCAUUGGUGGCCAGCUGAACCUCGCGAAGCGCGUGCCUGGCAAGGAGAGCUACCAGGCCGCGCUGGAGUACUGGACGCGGCAGCUGCGGCAGUCCUCCAUCAACGUCCGCCUCAACACUGAGUUCACCCGCGAGGAGGUGGCUCGCAACCACCAGUUCUUUCACGCUGUCGUGAUGACGCACGGUUCCGUGCCACGCCGCAUCUCGUCCCACGUCUUCCCCGGCGCUUCCGAGUGCCCGCUCAUCGUGCCCUUCUCGCGCAUCCUCGACGGCAGCGUCACAGCAGGUCGCCGCGUCGUAAUCGUCGGCAACGGCGCCAUCUCGCACGACGUCACCUCGUUCCUACUGCACGACCCCCGUGUCUCGCGCGAGGUCUCGCUGUACCUGGACGAGUGGGGCGUCAACCUCGAGGACGGCAGCCUGCUGGACAGUCCGGAGCAGCGGAUGCCGCGCAACAACCGCGUGGUCACCGUCUUCAACAAGGCGGACAAGGACGCCGACCUUUCUCGCGGCUGGGGCUGGACGCAGAAGCUGUGGAUCAAGCAGCACGAGAGCACUGUGGUGAAGCACGGCAUGCUCGAGAACUUCGACGCCGACGGCGUGCAUAUCUCCACGUUGCCGCCGGACAGCCGCAAGUUCUUCGUGCCGUGCGACACCAUCGUCUGGUGCAUUGGCAUGCUGCCGAACAUCACCUACGGCACAUGGAUCUACGAGUGGAUGAAAGACGGCGCGAAGGCGCGAGGUGAGAUGAUGAGCGACUUUAGCAUCUACGCGGCUGGCUCGUGCCGCGACAGCUACACCGGCGACGGACACGGCGAAGAGGAUUUACUGCAGUGCGUCCACGAAGGGUACGAGAUUGGCUACAAGAUAUGA